AACAUCAACGAGAGCCUACAACAUCAAAAAUGCGUUUCUUUAUUGUCGUAGCUCUGUUUGCCUUUUUGGCUGUUGGCCUUGUGGCUGCCCGUCCAGCUGAGGAUGAAGACUCUUCCGCUGUCCAGGAAAAUACCAAUGAUGAAUCGUCCAACAACAAUGCUGAAGGAAGCAGUGAUGUGGCUGAUGAAGCACCAUUAGAUGUUGAUAAUCAGGAUUCUGGUAAUCAGGAAAGCCAGGAAGAGUCUGGUAAUCAGGAAAACCAGGAAGAGUCUGGUAAUCAGGAAAACCAGGAAGAGUCUGGCAAUCAGGAAAACCAAGAAGAUAAUGCCGAAGAGGGAACUGCUGAUGAAGAAAAUCAAGCAAAUCAGGAACAAUCCAACGAUGAGGAUAAUCAGGACAGCAAUGGAGAAGAAUCCAACUCAGAAUCAAAUGGAGAUGAUAACGAAGAUAAUAACCAGUCAUCAGACGAACAGGAAGAGAAUGCUCCACCCAAGAAACAGACCCCUCCAUUUGGCUUUAAGCCAGUUAUCCAAGCCAGGCCUCUUUUCAUCGAUGCCUAAGCUUCAGCCUCUUUCAUAGUUAAUGUUAAAAAAUAUGUUUCAUAAAAAUAAAAUGGUAAUAAAUUAAA